AUUCAGCCAGUCUGGUGGCUGUUCCUGUGUGUUUACUACACGGACCACGCAGCAGCAGACACUUGGCUUCACAUGCACCCAACUCACAACAGCUAGCUAGCGAAACACUUUAUAGUUCCAUCUCAAAGAGAAUCGACAAGAAUACAACAUGCCCAAGAGAAAGCAGGGAGCCGCUGGAGAUGCCAAGGAGGAGCCCCAGAGGAGAUCCGCCCGGUUAUCAGCGAAACCAGCCCCAGCCAAGACUGAACCCAAGGCCAAGAAGGAGAAACCAGCAAAGAAAGAGAAGGCUGUGAACGACAAGAAGGAGGAGAAGAAAACUAAGAAGGCAGCAGUGAAGGAGAACGCAGACGCCGCUGAGGAGAACCACUCUGAGAACGGAGACGCCAAGACCAACCAGAUGGACGAUGCUCCCGAGGCGGAGAAGGAGGAAGCCAAGUCUGAGUAGCAACACUGCCGACCCCUGACCCCACCCCCCCAGCCUGCCCCAGUGUUCGUGGUCCCCCUCCAAGGCAUAUUGUUAACAGAGGAAUAUUUUUAUCAGUGAUUUUAUAAGUAUACUAUCUACUGUCCGUACAGAUUUUUAGCACAAAGCAAAGCUGAGUAAUUUGCUGCAGAUCUGCAGUGGUCAUAUCAACAAAGUGUCUGCAGGCAAGAGGAACACACUAAAAUCUUUUUUAAUUAAACAGCAUUUCAUGAUUGUGUAGGAAGCAAAGUGCGUCCCGUCCCAUAGUGAGUUGUGUUCCUGUGCCCCCCUCCUCCACAGUCUCCUAGGGUUCUACCUUAUUCCCGUCCUGUGCCCCCCUCCUCCACAGUCUCCUAGGGUUCUACCUUAUUCCCGUCCUGUGCCCCCCUCCUCCACAGUCUCCUAGGGUUCUACCUUAUUCCCGUCCUGUGCCCCCCUCCUCCACAGUCUCCUAGGGUUCUACCUUAUUCCCGUCCUGUGCCCCCCUCCUCCACAGUCUCCUAGGGUUCUACCUUAUUCCCGUCCUGUGCCCCCCUCCUCCACAGUCUCCUAGGGUUCUACCUUAUUCCCGUCCUGUGCCCCCCUCCUCCACAGUCUCCUAGGGUUCUACCUUAUUCCCGUCCUUUGUCUAAAUGUUCCUGUUUUUACAUGCAACAUGUUCUAAGCGUGUUGAAAGUGUGUUGUCCAAUGAGGAAGAGGAUCAUGAGAAAAAUUCCGGGCACAGUGACAUGCAUGUCUCCUAGGAGACCCUGUAACAGUGACAUGCAUGUCUCCUAGGAGACCCUGUAACAGUGAGAUGUCUCCUAGGCGACCCUGUAACAGUGACAUGCAUGUCUCCUAGACGACCCUGUAACAGUGACAUGUCUCCUAGGAGACCCUGUAACAGUGACAUGCAUGUCUCCUAGGAGACCCUGUAACAGUGAGAUGACUCCUAGACGACCCUGUAACAGUGACAUGUCUCCUAGGAGACCCUGUAACAGUGACAUGUCUCCUAGACGACCCUGUAACAGUGACAUGUCU